AGUGAAGUUAGCCAGAGAAUAAGUUCGACAGUUGUUGGAAUAGCUACGGAAUUAGUGAUGACAAGAUUUGUAAAUCAUAGAUUCCAGCGAUCUGUCGUCCUUUUUAAUUUUAUUGUGCAGAUUUAGAUUUCGGCUAUAAGCUAGCCAUUCUUAAUGCACUAUUAUUUCCGCUUAAUGCCUGUAAUUCCCUGUUCAUUGAACUGUGGAUGAAGCCCGACCAACAGGGAAUUAACAUGCAUUGAGAGGAAAUAAUAGUGCAUUAAAAAUGGCUAGCUUAUAACCGAAGUCUAGAACUGCACAAUAAAAUUUAAAAAGGACGACUGAUCGCUGCACUCUAUAAUUUACAAGUCAAUAUAACAGUCGGUGAGUGCAACAGCUUUCUGAAUGGAAGUUGGUGUACGAACUCUUGCCAAAAGCUAUGUUGGGAAGCGGCUGUCAGAUGUCCCCACACCGGCAUUCCUUGUGGAUAAGCAAAUAGUUCUAAACAACUGUCAGAACAUGCUAAAAAAAUGCGCGGAACUCGGUAUUAAGCUCCGACCUCAUGUGAAAACUCAUAAGACGGAGGAAGCAGCACUGCUCCAGACUGGUGGUCAGAAAAAAUGUAUCACUGUCUCAACAUUCAGAGAGGCAGAAUUCUUCGCAGAUUGUGGUUGGGAUGAUAUUCUAUUGGCAUUCCCUCUUGCACCUUUCCACAUUGGUCGUGCCAAGUCACUUGCAGAUCAUAUCUCAACCUUUCACUUGCUGGUCGACAACGUUGAUUCAGCAACAGCAUUGGCCAAAUCACCAAUACCUGCUGGCAAAGCUUCAUGGUCAGUUUUCAUCAAAGUUGAUACAGGAUAUGCAAGAGCUGGUGUUCGGUGGUCUGACACAGAAAUGGCUGUAGCGAUAUGUAAAGCCCUUCAGCCAUCAGUGAAGCUUCAGGGAUUGUAUGCUCACUGUGGAGAUUCAUAUCACACGAGCUCACUAACAGAGGUGUCAGCUGUGCGCAAUCGUACAGCUGAGCGUGUAGUGAAACUUAGUGAGGAGCUUGUGCAGAGGGGUUUUACAUGCCCAAUCAUUUCUAUUGGAUCCACACCAUCAAUGAGUGCCAGUGUAAAUGCUGAAGACCACAAAGUUUUGGAGAAGCUUAACGAGGCACAUGUAGGGAAUUAUGUAUUCUAUGAUCUUCAGCAGGCAUCUCUGUAUUCAUGUUCCUUGGAUGAUGUGGCUUGUAGGGUUAUGACUCGUGUUAUUGGUCAUUACCCACAUCGAAAACAGAUGCUUAUUGAUUGUGGAUUCACUGGGCUAACCAAACAAGGACUGAAUGCUAAUAAAUUUGUUGCAGGAUAUGCGCUAUUUGAGAAUCAUCCAAAUCUAAAAUUAAUUGAAAUGUCACAAGAAGUGGGCAAAGUUGAAGGUGUUGAUGGUAACCUAGAUUUCGAUCGAUACCCAAUUGGAACUGAACUGUUUCUGUACCCUUAUCACGCAUGUGCGACAGCAUCUCAACAUCCUGUUUAUUACAUUCACAAAGAUGGUCUUGUUGAAGAGGAGUGGAAACCUAUUAGAGGAUGGUAGCCCCGAGUAUGACUUUUAGUACUGUUAGUUAAAGAGAUUCUGUAAAGUAUUUUUGGCCUGUUGUUAAUUAUACCCAAUCAAGCAAUGCUCAGAAUGAAAUAUUUGUUAUCUAAUUAGAGCGCAACUCUGAUCAUAUGAACAAGUGCAAAAUUGAAUAGAUUCAAGGAUCCCCACAAAAGUCUCCCAGUUCUUCUGCUACAUGAUUCGUAUGCUAUCCGAAAGAUGGGAGAAUGUAGUGGCCAGCGAUUGGCAAUACUAUGAAUCAUAAUUUUUAUUGUAAGUUUUUCACAAUAAAGCCCUGAGCUUUGAGAAAAAACAGCAGAAGCAAAGUUGUAGACCUAUUAUUAAACAACAACGCACAGGUUUUAUGUUAAAACUGACUGUGAAGAAGAAAAUACUCUACUGUAAAAGACUGUGGUUUUGUUUUCUUUGUUGCAGCCAGUUUUAACUAUGUCUGUCUAUCUCUUCCUUCCUCCUAUCUCAUUAUUUCCCUUCGCUAUAUGUCCAUCUACUACUCCCUUCUCUCUCCACUUUAUCACACUUAUCCCACUUACUGGUGGUUCUUACCACCACAGUACUUCUUUCCAGCUCCUAACUAAUUUGCAUAUCAAAUUUUAAUGAAAUAAUUCCAGGGGCUUAGGAUGAGCUUUUUACGCACAACUUUGCUCACAUAUGCACGUGUAAAAUAUAUUUCACUUGUAUCUGUACACUUAUUUCAAAUGUACCUCUGACGAACCUUGCCCUACAAUUUCAUUUUCUUGCGGCUCAAUGUUUAUGAUGGUGUAUCUCCUGAAUUAAGGGUCAUGCAAUGAUAUAUUUGUGUACAUACAUUCUGCAACAUAAUUAAAAUGUAAUGUAUGAAAGAUUAGUUUUUCACACAGUUCGGUAUUUGAUAUCAUAUCUCCUGAACUGUGUUGUACAAUGAUAUAUUUUUGAUGGCAUAUUCAGUGGCAUAUGUGGAUAUUGGCUACAUAAAUUGUUGUGAAUAGAGUUAGCAGCAACAAAGUAAUAAAUUUAAAUGUCUUGUAUGAUGAGCAGUUUUUCAUGCAUCUCAUUGUUGAUGUCAUAAUAUCUCCUGAACUGUGAGUCGUACAAUGAUAUAAUUUUGGUGGUACAUCCCAUGGUAUAUAUGAAUACUGUCUGCAAAAUGUGUUGUGAAUACAGGUUGUAGUAAAUAAGUAAUAAAAUAAAAGUCGUGCUUCAUGUGGCAGUUUAUGGAA